CUGUGGUCCUGUCCGGAUUUGCUGGUUGCAUUCACAACAUGGCCUGCGGUUUUACCAAAACUCGUUGGAGGAGCAGAACUCAUCCUUUACGUUUGUAACAAUAUCAAAAUCAUGGGGAUGCUUGAAAUGUUCAGCAGCUGAGGCAGGAUCCCUGGAGAAACAGAUUUAACACUUCAGGUCAACAACCUUUCAUCAGAUCAAAAUAUCAACACACUUUUUCUCCAUAGAUGCUGCCUGACCUGAGGAUUUCAGCAUGCUUUGCUCUUUUGGUUAUAGGGACUGGCUCAAGAGGAGUUGAAGCCAGCAUAGAUCUGCUGUGAUUCUACUGAAUGGUGGGGCAGACUUGAGGGCUGACUGGCCUACUCCUGCUCCUGUUUUCUUCUGUGGUAUCUAUCUCUGAGACAGUAGCCUGUGGGCUCAGGCACCACUCGGAAGACUUCAGCAUAAGUCUAGGCAGAAGUUGGCACUCCAGUGCAGCACCGAGGGUGUGCCUCCUUGUAGCAGGUUGCAUGAGACGUGAUUGAGGAAAAGGUAGUCUCAUGUCCAAUAUUGAUAACCUAGGAACACGUGUGUCAUCACAGUCAAAUAACAUGUGAAUCUGGCUUCCCACUGCAGUGGUGAGAAGGACAUUUUGCUUUGAUUUGGAUUGCAUUGAUUGAUGGGACCGUGCAGGAGUUGGGAGAAAUGCAGAUCUGAUGUUGCCUGGAGUGAUUUCGCCGCCUUCUGGUCUUCCCAAGGUACUACAGGGAGAUCUCUGUGCCAUUAACCUUGUUGAAAACAGAGCUCCAGUGGCAAUAGGCUUGGCCAAUAUGUCAACAACAGAGAUGCUUGCAGCUGGCAUGAAAGGAAAAGGCAUCACCACUCUCCACACGUAUCUGGACCAGCUGUGGGCGUUUGGAGAAAAGACUCACCCACCUGUCAUUGCACACAAGCAUGACGACUCUGAGCAGGUUGGAGAUCAAGAAGGGGAGGAGAAGGGAGAAGUCGUUAUUGAAACUGUUAGUAUUGAGAAUGUGACUGCGAUGCCCAGUACAGAGAGAGAGACACCAGACCUAGACAAUCUCUGUUUGAAUGUGGAAACGGAACCUGAAGCUGUAACCUCCCUCACAGAGCAAGCCAGUGACUGCGAGGUUGAAGCCUUGGAGAUCGUUCACUUAACAGAAAUGUCAAAAGAUGCCGAGAGUCAGCAGGAUGCCGCAGAAAACGUCAGAACUGCGCAGGAGCAGAUGGAUGAGGUCCUGCUGCAGUGUUUCCUUCAUGCUUUGAAGUGUAAAGUGAAGAAAGCAGACCUGCCACUGCUCGCGAGCACCUUCCUUAAGAUUCACAUGUAUCCCUGUUGCCCUGAAGGUCGAACUUUAGACAUCAAAAAAUCAAGCUAUAAGAAGCUCUCGAAGUUUCUCCACUCCAUGCAACAGAAGCAGAUCAUUCAGGUGAAGGAAUUCUCCAAAGGCGUCGAAAGCAUUGUAGUUGUGAAAUGGGAUCAUGCAGACCUGAAGUCCUUCAUAGUUCCUGAAAUAGCCACUGGUGAUGAAGUGAUGAAGGUUGACAGAGACACUGACAUAGUCUACCAACCACCCGAGAUCAGCUCCUUUUACAGUGUUUCCAGUAAAUUACUUCCCCUGUUUGAGCAUGCAGGACUCAAAAAAGAUGCCACCCUCUCGAGUGUUGAUGUUAGAAAUAUCGUCACAAAUUAUGUAAAAUCCAAUGAGCUAAUAGAUGACUGCAAUAAAAAUUACGUAAUUGUUAAUCCCACUCUUUGUGACUGCAUAUUGGAAAAAUCUGAGCACCACAUUGUCACUAAACUCAAAUGGGAUGACCUCUUUGCCAGGUGCCUGGAGAGGCUGCAGGAAUGUCAUCAAGUGACUUUCCCUGGGCAGAACCCAAUCAUUCGAAAGGGCAGCAUUAAACCCAUUGUCAUUGAUGUCGCACAACGAGCUUCAAACAAAAAGGUAACUCUGAUCAAAAACCUCGAAGUGUAUGGCAUAGAUCCUCAGAUCAUUGGAAACGCCCUUCAGUUAAGAGCUCAGGCCAGUGUCACCUUGAAUCAAGUCCCUGGAACAAAGGACAAGAUGGCCCUUCAGGUUCAAGGGAACCAGGUUAAUCAUGUUGCUAAGCUGCUAACAGAGGAGUACAGGAUCCCAUCAAAAUAUAUUCAAGGCUUGAAUAAAGCCCCAAAAGGUGGCAAGAAGAAGCGAUGAAGUGGUUCAUCAUGGUGACACGCAAUCCAGCCACAGCAAUAAACAGCCGGCAUGUGUUUCUGUCAGUCUUCUAGGCAACUCUUCAAUUAGUGACAUCUAUCUACUGACCCAGAUAAUAAAACAGCAGAUCGGUGUGUGUAAGCUAUUCCACUUGAGGAAACCAUUUGAAAGGAAUAGCCUGAGCUGAACACCGUACCUGGACUGUGAGUGAAUGAAAUAAUUUGUAUUCACCGCUGGGAAGAUGAGGUAACUGGUGAAUCCAAAGCCCUGUUUACUUUGCAGUGUGUCUGUAUUGAUGCAUUUUCCAAAAUCCUUCGUGGAAAGUUGAGGGAAAUUCGUUGUGCAAAUCUCUCCGAAUAACUUCAAUAAGAUGAAGUACACCAUCAAUUCAAGUAGAAUUGUAAUAAAACUGCAAACACUAAA